UGGAGCGACCAAGCAGGUGGUGCCGCAAAGCAGGAAUGGACGAAACAAAGAGGGUGAAAGCAAAAGAAAUCCCCGCAUCAAUAAAAUACGAAGCCCAGCCACGCUCUCGCCUCCUCCCCCUCCCCCUUCUCUCCCCCUUCCCUUCCCUUCGCUUCUCUCUCCUUUCCCCACUAGCGCCGCCUUGCGCGCCGCUCUGUUCCAUCCCAUUCGCCAUUCCGUCGCGCGCACCGCCGGCUGGGCGCCGCGUCCUGGGCGAGCGGGCGUGGGGUGGAUUUGUGGUUCCAGGACGGCAGGAGAGAGCGCCCUGGGAUGGCGUGAUCGGCCCGCGCGCGUUGGAGGGGUGGGCGGGGAUGGGGAGGGUGGGGCUCGGGGUGGCGGUGGGGUGCGCGGCGGUGACGUGCGCGAUCGCCGCGGCGCUGGUGGCGCGCAGGGCUUCGGCGCGCGCGCGGUGGCGGCGGGCGGUGGCGCUCCUGCGCGAGUUCGAGGAGGGCUGCGCCACGCCGCCAGCGCGCCUGCGGCAGGUCGUCGACGCCAUGGUCGUCGAGAUGCACGCAGGGCUCGCGUCCGACGGCGGGAGCAAGCUCAAGAUGCUGCUCACCUUCGUCGACGCGCUCCCCACCGGAAAUGAAGAAGGCAUCUAUUAUGCCAUUGAUCUUGGAGGAACAAACUUUAGAGUGCUGAGAGUAGAAGUUGGUGCUGGGUCCGUGGUCAUCGGUCGGAAGGUUGAACAUCAACCCAUCCCUGAGGAAUUGACGAAGGGUACAAUCGAGGAUGUAUUCAACUUUGUUGCCUUGGCACUAAAGAAUUUUGUGGAAAGAGAAGAUGGAAAAGAUGAAACAAGGGCACUUGGUUUUACAUUUUCUUUCCCUGUUAGACAAACUUCAGUGUCUUCAGGGUCAUUAAUUAGGUGGACUAAAGGGUUUUCUAUUGAAGAUGCGGUUGGUAAAGACGUUUCUCAAUGUUUAAAUGAAGCAUUAGCUAGGACUGGACUAAAUGUGCGAGUCACUGCACUGGUGAAUGACACUGUGGGGACAUUAGCUCUAGGGCAUUAUUAUGACGAGGAUGCAGUGGCUGCUGUGAUCAUUGGGGCUGGCACCAAUGCUUGCUAUAUUGAACGGACUGAAUCAAUUAUUAAAUGCCAGGGUCUUCUUACAAACUCCGGGGGCAUGGUAGUAAACAUGGAAUGGGGCAAUUUCUGGUCAUCACAUUUGCCAAGAACUCCUUAUGACAUCUCCCUGGAUGAUGAGACACAAAAUCGCAAUGAUCAGGGCUUUGAAAAAAUGAUCUCUGGGAUUUAUCUUGGAGAAAUUGCAAGACUGGUGCUCCAUCGAAUGGCUCUGGAAUCAGAUGUUUUUGGUGACGCAGCUGAUAGUCUAUCUGCCCCCUUUACAUUGAGCACGCCACUUCUGGCUGCAAUUCGCGAGGACGAUUCACCGGAUCUGAGCGAAGUCAGAAGAAUACUGCAAGAACAUCUGAAGAUACCCGACGCUCCUCUGAAAACUCGUAGGCUCGUUGUCAAAGUUUGCGACAUCGUCACCCGGAGAGCUGCCCGUCUGGCCGCCGCUGGGAUCGUUGGGAUCCUGAAAAAGCUCGGCCGGGACGGGAGCGGCGUGGCUUCAAGUGGAAGAACGCGAGGCCAGCCGAGGCGGACGGUGGUCGCGAUCGAGGGCGGUCUAUACCAAGGCUACCCAGUGUUCAGGGAGUACCUAGAUGAAGCCCUGGUGGAGAUCUUGGGGGAGGAGGUGGCGCGGACGGUGACGCUGAGGGUGACGGAGGAUGGGCCGGGGAUCGGAGCUGCCCUCCUCGCCGCCGUACAUUCGUCGAAUAGGCAACAAGGUUCCAUAUAGUGAGACAUGAGAAAUCUUUUGUCCUGCGUUUUAGAUUAUAUUUGGUAUAGUUCUAGCUUUAAGAUUUCUUAGAGCAAGGGAUCUCUAUUUUCAGAAGUUCAUGAAGCUAGAGCUGAAGUUACAC